AUGGCUCUGACUACAGCACAACUAUUUAUUGGCAAUAAUAUUUCAGUGGUUGUUGGAGAUCAGGAUGGGGUCAUUACAUGUUUCGGCAUAAAAAAAGGGGAAGCUGUGCCAGUGUUCAAGACGCUGCCAGGCCAAAAAAUUGCAAGAUUGGAGUUGGGAGGAGCUCUUAAUACACCACAAGAGAAAAUUUUUGUGGCUACAGGAUCAGAAGUUAAAGGCUUCACAAAAAGAGGGAAGCAGUUUCUUUCAUUUGAAACUAACCUUACUGAAAGCAUCAAAGCUAUGCAUAUUUCAGGAGCAGAUCUCUUUCUUUGCGCGAGCUAUAUCUAUAACCAUUACUGCGACUGCAAAGACCAGCACUACUACCUAUCAGGAGAUAAAAUCAAUGAUGUUCUCUGCCUUCCUGUAGAUAAAGUGAAUUGCAUUACGCCGGUACUUGCAUGUCAGGAUAGAGUCCUCAGAGUUUUACAGGGAUCUGAUUUACUCUAUGAGGUAGAAGUUCCUGGACCACCUACUGUUCUUGCGCUAAGCAAUGGAAAUGGGGGUGAUUCUGGAGAAGAAAUUGUGUAUGGAACCUCUGAUGGUAAACUGGGUCUUAUCCAGAUUACUGGUUCCAAGCCUAUACCUAAGUGGGAAAUUGGAAAUGAAAAGAAGAGAGGAGGUAUCUUAUGUAUUGAUAGUUUUGACAUUCUGGGAGAUGGAGUUAAAGAAUUACUCGUUGGACGAGAUGAUGGAAUGCUAGAAAUCUAUAACUUUGAGAGUGCAGAUGAUCCUGUUCUUCGAUAUGAUCAUGCUUUAUCAGAGAGCAUUGCAUCAAUCCAGGGUGGCUGUGUAGGAAAAGAUGGGUAUGAUGAAAUUUUAGCAUCCACGUAUUCAGGCUGGCUGACAGGACUGACUACAGAACCUGUCCAUAGAGAAGAUGGAUCAGGUGAAGAACUAAAAUUAAGUCAAGAAAUGCAGAGCAAGAUUUCAUCCUUAAGGAAUGAAUUGGAACACUUACAGAUGAAAGUACUUCAGGAACGUGAAAAAUACCAGCAGUCUUCUCAAUCCAGUACUGCUGUUUCAUCAGUACCUGCGUUUAGUGUGAAUGAUAAGUUUACCUUAAAUAAGGAUGAUGCUAGCUACAGCCUCAUCUUGGAGGUGCAGACAGCUAUAGAUAAUGUCCUGGUACAGAGUGAUGUCCCAAUAGACUUGCUGGAUGUGGAUAAAAAUUCUGCUGUUGUUAGUUUUAGCAGCUGUGAUUCUGAGCCAAAUAGCAACUUUCUUCUUGCGACUUACCGAUGCCAAGCAAAUACUACGAGACUUGAACUUAAGGUUCGAUCGAUUGAAGGACAGUAUGGGACACUGCAAGCAUAUGUAACUCCAAGAAUUCAACCAAAAACCUGCCAAGUUCAUCAAUAUCAAAUUAAACCACUUUCGCUUCAUCAGAGAACUCAUUCUAUUGACCAUAACAGACCCAUGAAUACACUGACGCUCAAAGGCCAGUUCAGUUUUGCUGAAAUUCACUCGUGGGUUGUGUUUUGCUUGCCUGAGGUGCCUGAGAAGACUCCCGCUGGAGAAAGUAUCACCUUUUAUUUUCAGAACACCUUCCUGGGUACACAGCUUGAAAGUACUUACAGAAAAGGUGAGGGAUGUUUUAAGUCUGACAACAUUUCUACAAUAUCCAUCCUAAAAGACGUACUUUCCAAAGAGGCCACUAAAAGGAAGAUUAAUCUCAACAUAUCAUAUGACAUAAAUGAAGAAUCUGUGAGGCACACAUUAAAGCUUAUCCACCCUAAGUUAGAGUAUCAGCAGCUGUUGGCCAAGAAGGUCCACUUAAUAGAUGCCUUGAGAGAAUUACAAGUCCAUGAAGGAAAUGUGGACUUCCUGCUACCAAAAUACCGCAGCAUUUUGGAAGAGGCAGAUCAGCUGCUUGAGGAAUACAAGAGACAACCUGCACAUCUCGAGAGACUUUAUGGUAUGAUCACAGAUCUCUUCAUAGAUAAAUUUAAAUUUAAAGGCACCAACGUGAAAACAAAAGUUCCUCUUCUUCUGGAAAUUCUGGAUGGCUGCGAUCAAGAUGGACUAAUUGCUUUUUUUGAGGCUGCAGCCUGA